UGGCCACAGCCAGUCAAUGGGAUUAAAAGUGACGAACAUCUUUUUGUUUCGUGCUGACAUCAUGAACUUGUUUUUAUUCUUUCUUCUGGUCGUGCAAAUGCACAGCGUGACGCCUGUGAUUCACACGCUGCAGUAUUUCCACACUGCGUCCUCUCAAGUUCCAAACUUCCCAGAGUAUGUGAGUGUUGGUUAUGUUGAUGGAGUUGAGAUUAGUUACUAUGACAGCAACAUCAGGAAAGCAGAAUCCAAACAGGACUGGAUGAACAAAAUCACAGCAGAGGAUCCAAAAUACUGGCAGAGACAAACAGAGAUCAAUGUUCGUAGUGAGUUUAUUAACAAACACAACCUUGAAGUUCUUAAGAAGCGUUUCAACCAAACUGGAGGUGUUCACAUUGUCCAGUGGAUGUAUGGAUGUGAAUGGAAUGAUGAGACUGAUGAGGUUAAAGGUUGGCAUCAGCAAGGUUAUGAUGGAGAAGAUUACAUAUCGUUGGACAUGAAGACAUGGACAUAUACUGCAGCAAAACCACAAGCUUUCCCCUCCAAACUCAAGUGGGACCAGAACAUAUUUCUACUAGACCACCAUAAGUAUUAUUACACUGAGCAUUGUCCUUCUUACUUGAAGAAGUAUGUGAAGAAUGGGAAGAAGGUCCUAAUGAGAACAGAGCUUCCAGAGGUGUUCCUCCUCCAGAAGACGCCAUCCUCUCCAGUCACCUGCAUGGCGACAGGUUUCUACCCCGACUUAGCCGACCUGUUUUGGAGGAAAGACGGCGAGCAGAUCUUCGAGGACGUGGAGCACGGAGAGCUGCUCCCCAACCACGACGGAACCUUCCAGAUGUCGGUGGAGCUGAAAGUGGAGGUGACGGCCGAGGUGGAGGGCAAGUACGAAUGUGUGUUCCAGCUGUCUGGCGUCAAGGAGGACCUGGUCACCAAGCUGGAGAGAAGAAGCAUCCUGAGCAACGCAAGCCAUGAAGACAACUGGAGCGUCGCCCUCGCUGCCACGGCGGCGGUCGUCGCUGUGGCGGCCGUCCUGGCGGCCAUCAUCAUCGUCAUGGUCAGGCGUCACAGAAACAGACAAGCCCAGUACGAUCCAGCUCGUAAGUAAAACAUCUUUUCUUUGAGCCGCAAGAAACAAAGCCGUGGUGAAGCGUCACUCACAUGGAGGUCUGAUGUGGACCUUUGUUACAAGUUUAGCCUGAAAAUCCCAACUUGAGCUGACUCCUUCACAAUAAAAGACCCUCCUGUGAGCACACGCAAUACAAAGUGUGGCAUAUCUCACGUUUGACGUGAGUCCUCAUGAUGAGGAUCAGCCAAAUGAGACCUCAAGUGUGCUGACUCAUCAAGAAGGUAUCCUAGUCAGGAAGUAGAAGAGCAGCACUCUGCUUCUUCAUGUUUCCAAGUCACACCUCAAAGAUCUGAUGUGAGUGACGAGGCACCUUCUGGAUGUUCUUCCUUCACCGUUUACGUUUGU